AUGCGGCUCCUGCUCCUCCACGGUGUGUUUUUCCUCCAGUGUGUGUGGUUCUCCCAGCAGCAGUUUCCCAGGCUCUGCGCCACAGCGGAGUCCCUGCUCUCUAAAGAGUGCUGCCUGGUCUGGGAGGGGGAUGGCUCGGCCUGCGGGGCCAGCUCUGGCAGGGGGUUCUGCCGGGACGUGGAGGUAUCGGAUCUCCCUAACGGGCUGAAUUACCCCUUCUCCGGCUUGGACGACAGAGAGAGGUGGCCUCUGGUCUUUUAUAACCGGACCUGCCAGUGCGCCUCCAACUACAUGGGGUUCAACUGCGGAGAGUGCCAGUUCGGGCUGUUUGGGGCUAACUGUGAGGAGAGGAGAGAGUCCGUGCGGCGGAACGUGUUUCACCUGUCGGCGGCGGAACGGCGGAAACUAGUCUCUUACCUCAACCUGGCCAAGCACACCGUCAGCCAGGAUUACCUCAUAGCCACCGGGACAUACCGGGAGAUGAAUAACGGGACCAACCCGCUGUUCUCUGACGUCUCGAUCUAUGACCUGUUUGUGUGGAUGCACUACUAUGUCUCCAGGAAUGCUCUUCUUGGUGGACCGGGGAAUGUCUGGACCGAUGUGGACUUCGCCCACUGGGCUCCCGCUUUUCUGCCAUGGCACCGUGUGUACCUGCUGCACUGGGAGCGCGAGAUCAGGAAACUGACCGGGGACUUUGAGUUCUCCAUCCCGUACUGGGAUUGGCGGGACGCGCAGGGCUGUGACGUCUGCACCGACGACCUGAUGGGCGCCCGGAGCCCGAGAGACCCCAACCUCAUCAGCCCUGCUUCAGUGUUCUCUUCUUGGAGGGUGAGACACCUUUUUUUCCUCUUCCUGUCUCUUCCAUCAUCUUCCUCUCUCAUUUGUCUUCACCCCUCCUGCCUACCUGUUUUCUUCUCCCUUCCUCUCACUCUCACUGGCACCUUGGCAUUGUUCUUAGAAGUUCAAAAUAGUCUCCAAAGUGUUGCAUUUUAAUUGAUGGGUAGGGGAGGUCUGGAGAGGAGAGGAGGAGGAGAAGAGUACACUUUAGACUAUUGAGAUGUAAUCAACCAGAAAGUGUAUGCUUCUCAACUCACAAAAUGUGAAUAGACAUUUUAAUAAUUGAACUUUUCUUUAUUACUUUUCAUGUGAUGACUUGAAUGAAUACUGUGAUGAUAUACUAUCAUUGUUGAGCUCCCCUGUAACCUAGAUAGGAGGGAGGAGGGGUGGAGCAUAGGAGAGGACUGGGGAGAGGAAAUGAGAGGAGGAGAGAGGAUAUGACAGGACAGGAGAGGACUGGGGAGAGGAGAAGAGAGGAGAGGAAUGGGAGAGGAUCGGAGGAGGAGACGAGAGGCAAUCGGGAGAAGAGAGGAAAGGAGAGGAGAGGACUGGGGAGAGAAGAGGAUAGGAGAAGAGGGUGGGGAGAGGAGAGGAGAGGAAGUGGAGGAGAGAGGAGGGAGAAGGAUAGGAGAAAAGAGAAGAGGGGGAGAGGAGGGUGGUGAUCAGGAGACUGUCUGACUACCUUGUGUUUCUGCCAGAGGCCAUGUUCUGUGAUUAGCACACACACACUGAAAGAAGCCAUACAGGCUCAUAGAUCAUCAUUAUCAGUUGUAUUACCUUCUACAUAACUCCAUCACUACUGCUUUCUCUAACUCUCUGAGUAAAAUGAAUGGCUUUUAUAUGGUGUGUGUGUGUGGUUUGUGUAGUUCGGAGGUGGUUCUGUGCCUGAGAUCUGAAGUGUGUUAGUGUGAUGGGUGAUUUGAAGGAGUCAGGCGCAGGAGGGUAGCUCCUGAGUGGCGCAGUGGUCUAAGACACUGCAUCGCAGUGCUAACUGUGCCACUAGAGAUCCUGGUUCGAAUCCAGGCUCUGUCGCAGCCGGCCGCGACCGGGAGACUCAUGGGCGGCGCACAAUUGGCCCAGCGUCGUCCAGGGUAGGGGAGGGAAUGGCCGGCAGGGAUGUAGCUCAGUUGAUAGAGCAUGGCGUUUGCAACGCCAGGGUUGUGGGUUCGAUUCCCAUGGGAGGCCAGUAUAAAAAAAAAAAAAUGUGUUCACUAACUGUAAGUCGCUCUGGAUAAGAGGGUCUGCUAAAUGACUAAAAUGUAAAUGUAAAUCACAGAAUAACAGGAUUUAUUCCGGAAUACAGAGUUACGCAGACGUCAAAACAGACCAGUGCGCAAAACAGGUGCACUGGAACUAACAAGGCACACGGGGAAAAUAACCCGGCGAUACAAAAUACAAGGAGCUCAACUGAGCUUAACUAUCCUCACAAUAAACAAUCACACACAAAGACAAGGGGGCAGAGGGAACACUUAUACCAGGUACUGAUGAGGGGAUAUGAACCAGGUGUGUGUAAUGAACAAGACAAAACCAAUGGAAUUAUGAAAUGAGGAGUGGCAGUGGCUAGAAGGCUGGUGACGACGAACGCCGAAGCCUGCCCGAACAAGGAGAGGUGGCAGCUUCGGAGGGAGUCGUGACAGUAGGACGGCCAGGAGGACGCGGAGCAGGGCGAGCCGGAUGGUGACGGUGGAAAUCCAGCAAUAGGGAGGGAUCGAGGAUAUCCCUCACCGGAACCCAGCACCGUUCCUCCGGACCGUACCCCUCCCACUCCACGAGGUACUGAAGGCCCCUCACCCGACGCCUCGAAUCCAGGAUGGAACGGACGGAGAAUGCCGGGGCCCCCUCGAUGUCCAGAGGGGGCGGAGGAACCUCCCGCACCUCAGACUCCUGGAGCGGACCAGCCACCACCGGCCUGAGGAGAGACACAUGGAACUAGGGGUUAAUACGGUAAUCUGGAGGGAGUAAUAACCUAUAUGUAACCACGUUUAUCACGUCGUAGUUCUGCUCCGCCAGGCUGAGCUUCUUUGAGAAGAAGGCACAGGGGCGGAGCUUGGGUAGCGUGCCUGAGUGUUGAGAUAGGACAGUGCCUAUCCCUACCUCAGACGCAUCCACCUCCACUACAAACGGUAGUGAUGGAUCGGGAUGGGGCUGAGGUGAACAGAACCCUCAGGUUACUGAAGGCCCUGUCAGCCUCAGCGGAGCCGGGACGGCCCACCCUUCAACAGAGAUGUAAUGGGAGCUGCGACUUUGCCAAAGCCCCGGAUAAACCUCCAAUAGUAGUUAGCAAAGCCAAUAAAGCGCUGCACCUCCUUAACCGUGGUUGGAGUUGGCCAAUUACGCAUGGCUGAAAUGCGAUUUCCCUCCAUCUCCACACCUGAGGUGGUAAUGCGGUAUCCGAGGAAGGAGACGGACUGUUGGAAAAACAGACACUUUUCUGCCUUGGCAUAAAGGUCAUGAUCCAACAGUCGGGCCAGCACUUUGCUUGGGACACAUGCUUGGCGCGCGUAGCGGAAUACACCAGAAUGUCAUCGAUGUAGACCACUACACCGCGACCAAGCAUGUCCAGAAACACCUCGUUCACAAAGGACUGGAAGACUGAUGGAGCAUUCAUCGAACUGUACGGCAUCACCAGGUAUUCGUAAUGCCCCGUUGUUGUGCUGAAUGCUGUUUUCCACUUGUCCCCCUCUCGGACACGCACCAGGUUGUACGCACUCCGGAGAUCUAAUUUUGUGAAGAAGCGCGCCCCAUGCAUUGACUUGAUCACAGAUGGAAUGAGGGGUAGAGGAUAACUAUAAUGUAUUGUCCCCUUGUUCAGUGCUCGGUAAUCAAUGCAAGGGCGCAGACCUCCUUCUUUCUUCUUCACAAAAAAGAAACUCGAGGAGGCGGGCGAAGUGGAGGGACGUAUGAACCCCUGAUGAAGGGACUCGGAGACAUAUGUCUCCAUCACCUCCGUUUCAGCCUGCAACAGGGGAUACACAUGACUCCUGGGAGGCACAGCGUCUACCCGGAGGUUUAUCGCGCAAUCCCCAGCCCGAUGAGGUGGUAAUUUGGUUGCCUGCGUUUUGGAAAAUGUGUGCGCCAAAUUGAGGUAUCCGGGGGGAAUUUGCACGGUGGAGGUAUGUCUGGACCUUCCACCGUGGUUGCACCAACGGAAACACCUAGACACCUACCCUGACACUCUCGCGACCACCACGUGAGAACCCUCUGCGGCCAUGAAAAGAUGGGGUUGUGUAGUGCUAACCAGGGAAGAUCUAACACAACAGGGAAAUCAGGAAACUCAAUAAUAAAAAGGUGACUUGCUCUCUAUGAGUCUCAUGCGUAACCAUAGUGACUGGUGCUGUAACUUCCCUAACGAACCCAGACCCUAGUGGUUGACUGUGAAGUGCUCUGAUGGGGAGUGGAAUGGAUAGGGGAACCAAUGUAAUGCCUAGACUAUGUGCAAAUGACCUGUUCAUAAAGUUCCCAGCUGCGCCUGAAUCGACCAGCGCCUUACACUGGGGAACUACUGUGUAAUCAGGAAAGUGGAUGGGUAGGGUACAGUGUGCAGCAGAGGGCUCUGAACGAGUGUGGGUGUUCGAUACCUGGGGUGACGCAAGAGUGCCCUGCCUGCCGCCUCCAGACCCAAAAGAACGCAGAUGACAGCGUGCAGGAGAAUGUCUUCUCGUGCCACUAGAGUGACACUGGCGCUGUCGUCCUCCGCUCUCUCGGAUUGCCGCUCCACCCAGCUCCAUCAGCUUGUGAUCCAGGUUUGGGGGGGGGGGGUGGAUCGGGCAGGCACCUUCCAGGACGUCCUCGAGCAGCCAGCAUGUUGUCCAACCGGAUGGCCAUGUCCACCAGUUGAUUGAAGGACAACAUGGUGUCCCGGCAGGCUAGCUCCCUUCGGACGUCUUCUCGUAGAUGGCACCGGAUGUGGUCAAUGAGGGCCCGCCUCAGGUGGACCAGCUGCUCGCCCGCCUCUCUACCGUCGGGCGGGUGAUCGAAGACGGCCCGAAAGAGGCAAGCAAACUCCCCGUAGUUGUCCAACGUGGCUCCUCCUUCACUCCAGACUGCGUUGGCCCACUCCAGGGCUUUCCCCGAGAGGCAGGAGACGAGGGUGGACACCUUCUCCCGCUCCGAUGGAGCCCGGCUGAUCUUCGAAUAAUAUAACUCCAGUUGUAGGAGGAAUCCCUGGCAGAGAGCAGCUGUCCGGUCGAAAUCCCGUGGUCGGGAUAUAUGGAUCCCUCUGGGUGCUGGGGUGUGGGUGGCUGGAUCCGGUCGCCCAGCUAGUCCCGACAGAUCGGGUCCUCUCCUCUCCAGGCGUUGGACGACCUGGAGAACCCGAUCCAUCGCUUCUCCCAAGCUGGCUAGCAUCGUCUAAUGCUCCCGGACCCGUGCCACGACUCCAGGCAUGUGCUCCUCUCCUGCUGACUCCAUGGUGGGUGUGUGAUUCUGUGAUGGGUGAUUUGAAGGAGUCAAGCGCAGGAGGGUAAAUCACAGAAUAACAGGAUUUAUUCUGAAAUACAGAGUUAUGCAGUAAUGCGUCAAAACAGUCCAGUGCGCAAAACAGGCGCACUGGAACCCAACAAGGCACACAGGGAAAAUGACCCGGCAAUACAAACUACAAGGAGCUCAACCGAGCUUCACUAUCCUCACAAUAAACAAUCACACACAAAGACAAGGGGGCAGAGGGAACACUUAUACUGGUACUGAUGAGGGGAUAUGAACCAGGUGUGUGUAAUGAACAAGACAAAACCAAUGGAAUGAUGAAAUGAGGAGCGGCAGUGGCUAGAAGGCUGGUGACGACGAACGCAGAAGCCUGCCCGAACAAGGAGAGGUGGCAGCUUCGGAGGGAGUCGUGACAGUUAGCUCCCCAAGUUUCAAUAUUUCUAUUAAAUAUGACCUAUAAUUAAUUCCAAUCUGAGUCAAAUAGUUUUCCUUCAAAAAAUUGUAAUUAAGGAAGUUAAAAAGCAAUUUUUCUGUGUUGGAAUGGUGUGGGCGUACGUAGCCCAACAACAGAAUGGUGUGGGCGUAUACCAGUCAUUACAAAUAUUAAUGCAAGUAGACCACUGAUUGGCCAGCUCAUCCUCCUCAGGAAAUAGCAAGCAUUUUUUCAACGAUCUGUUUGAGAUACAAGUUUGAGGUGGGUUUUUUUAAUGUGUUUUUUCUCCAAUUUAUGCUUUGGCCACAAAUACAAGUAUAAGAUGAGUCAACAACAUAAUUUGGGUAUGAGUUAACAGAAUUUUAAAAGUUAGAUUUUCACUGAACAGUUACUUUAAUGCUUAGGCCUAGGCUUUACACAAUCAUGUGGCAUGCAGUCAUCCUGAUUCAAUCGGUUUUUGUGUGUGUGUGUAUAUGUGUGUGUGUGUGUUUGUGUAGGUGAUGUGUUCGCGGUCGGAAGACUACAGUGUGAGGGGUGUGCUGUGUGAUGGUAGCGACGAGGGGACGUUGCUGCGUAACCCUGGCAACCACAACCAUAACUUGGUUGCGCGGUUGCCGACGGCAGCAGAGGUGGAGUUCACUGUCAGUCUCCGUGACUAUGACACGGGAGCCAUGGACCGCUCCGCAAACUUCAGCUUCAGAAACACACUGGAAGGUAAGUAGGGGUGUUUUUGUGAUUGUGUGUGUGUGUGUGUGUGUGUGUCUGUGUGUGUGUUUGUGUUAUUAGUUCUCUAGAGUCAGUAGUUCUACAGUUGAAGUCGGAAGUUUACAUACACUUAGGUUGGAGUCAUUAAAACUCAUUUUUCAACCACUCCACAAAUUUCUUGAAAACAAACUAUAGUUUUGGCAAGUCCGUUAGGACAUCUACUUUGUGCAUGACACAAGUCAUUUUUCCAACAAUUGUUUACAGACAGAUUAUUUCAGUUAGAAUUCACUGUAUCACAAUUCCAGUGGGUCAGACGUUUACAUACAGUAAGUUGACUGUGCCUUGGAAAAUUCCAGAAAAUGAUGUCAUGGCUUUAAAAGCUUCUGAUAGGCUAAUUGACAUCAUUUGCAUCAAUUGGAGGUGUAGCUGUGGAUGUAAUUCAAGGCUUACCUUCAAACUCAGUGCCUCUUUGCUUGACAUCAUGGGAAAAUCAAAAGAAAUCCGGCAAGAGCUCAGAAAAAUAAAUUGUAUACCUCCACAAGUCUGGUUCAUCAUUGGGAACAAUUUCCAAAUGCCUGAAGGUACCACGUUCAUUUGUACAAACAAUAGUACGCAAGUAUAAACACCAUGGGACCAUGCAGCCGUCAUAUCGCUCAGGAAGGAGACACGUUCUGUCUCCUAGAGAUGAACGUACUUUGUUGCGAAAAGUGCAAAUCAAUCCCAGAACAACAGCAAAGGACCUUGUGAAGAUGCUGGAAGAAACAGGUACAAAAGUAUCUAUAUCCACAGUAAAACGAGUCCUAUAUCGACAUAACCUGAAAGGCCGCUCAGCAAGGAAGAAGCCACUGCUCCAAAACCGCCAGACUACGGUUUGCAACUGCACAUGGGGACAAAGAUCAUACUUUUUGGAGAAAUGUCCUCUGGUCUGAUGAAACAAAAAUAGAACUGUUCGGCCAUAAUGACCAUCGUUAUGUUUGGAGGAAAAAGGGGUAGGCUUGCAAGCCGAAGAACACCAUCCCAACCGUGAAGCACAGGGGUGGCAGCAUCAUGCUGUGGGGGUGCUUUGCUGCAGGAGGGACUGGUGCACUUCACAAAAUAGAUGGCAUCAUGAGGAAGGAAAAUUAUGUGGAUAUAUUGAAGCAACAUCUCAAGACAUCAGUCAGGAAGUUAAAGCUUGGUCGCAAAUAGGUCUUCCAAAUGGACAAUGACCCCAAGCAUACUUCCAAAGUUGUGCCAAAAUGGCUUAAGGACAACAAAGUCAAGGUAUUGGAGUGGCCAUCACAAAGCCCUGACCCCAAUCCUAUAGAACAUUUGUGGGCAGAACUGAAAAAGCGUGUGCGAGCAAGGAGGCCUACAAACCUGACUCAGUUACACCAGCUCUGUCAGGAGGAAUGGGCCAAAAUUCACCCAACUUAUUGUGGGAAGCUUGUGGAAGGCUACCCGAAACGUUUGACCCAAGUUAAACAAUUUAAAGGCAAUGCUACCAAAUACUAAUUGAGUGUAUGUUAACUUCUGACCCACUGGGAAUGUGAUGUUAGAAAUAAAAGCUGAAAUAAAUCAUUCUCUCUACUAUUAUCCUGACAUUUCACAUUCUUAAAAUAAAGUGGUGAUCCUAACUGACCUAAAACAGGGAAUUUUUACUAGGAUUAAAUGUGAGGAACUGUGAAAAUAAAUGUAUUUGGCUAAGGUGUAUGUAAACUUCCAACUUCAACUGUAGAACACUCUAGAGAGCGUUGUUCUAACCCUAACCCUGGUGUUGAAUUCUGACCUCUAACCCCUGACCUCUGACCCCUGACCUCUAGGUUUUGGGAACCCUCAGACAGGCCUGGGUAACAGUAGGGUGAUGGGCAUGCACGCCUCUCUUCAUAUCUUCAUGAACGGCUCCAUGUCUUCAGUCCAGGGGUCAGCUAACGACCCUAUUUUCCUACUGCACCACGCCUACGUAGACAGGUUAGCACACACACACACAAAUACACAUGCACACAUGCACACACACACUUCUCUCAAUUCAAUUCAAUUCAAUUUAAGGGCUUUAUUGGCAUGGGAAACGUACAGUGGGGAAAAAAAGUAUUUAGUCAGCCACCAAUUGUGCAAGAUCUCCCACUUAAAAAGAUGAGAGAGGCCUGUAAUUGUCAUCAUAGGUACAGACAAAUUGAGAAAAAGAAAUCCAGAAAAUCACAUUGUAGGAUUUGUAAUGAAUUUAUUUGCAAAUUAUGGUGGAAAAUAAGUAUUUGGUCACCUACAAACAAGCAAGAUUUCUGGCUCUCACAGACCUGUAACAACUUCUUUAAGAGGCUCCUCUGUCCUCCAGUAUACUACCUGUAUUAAUGGCACCUGUUUGAACUUGUUAUCAGUAUAAAAGACACCUGUCCACAACCUCAAACAGUCACACUCCAAACUCCACUAUGGCCAAGACUAAAGAGCUGUCAAAGGACACCAGAAACAAAAUUGUAGACCUGCACCAGGCUGGGAAGACUGAAUCUGCAAUAUGAUCACAAGAACGGUGAGCAAAAAUCCCAGAACCACACGGGGGGACCUAGUGAAUGACCUGCAGAGAGCUGGGACCAAAGUAACAAAGCCUACCAUCAGUAACACACUACGCCGCCAGGGACUCAAAUCCUGCAGUGCCAGACGUGUCCCCCUGCUUAAGCCAGUACAUGUCCAGGCCCGUCUGAAGUUUGCUAGAGUGCAUUUGGAUGAUCCAGAAGAGGAUUGGGAGAAUGUCAUAUGGUUAGAUGAAACCAAAAUAUAACUUUUUGGUAAAAACUCAACUCGUCGUGUUUGGAGGACAAAGAAUGCUGAGUUGCAUCCAAAGAACACCAUACCUACUGUGAAGCAUGGGGGUGGAAACAUCAUGCUUUGGGGCUGUUUUUCUGCAAAGGGACCAGGACGACUGAUCCGUGUAAAGGAAAGAAUGAAUGGGGCCAUGUAUCGUGAGAUUUUGAGUGAAAACCUCCUUCCAUCAGCAAGGGCAUUGAAGAUGAAACGUGGCUGGGUCUUUCAGCAUGACAAUGAUCCCAAACACACCGCCCGGGCAACGAAGGAUUGGCUUCAUAAGAAGCAUUUCAAGGUCCUGGAGUGGCCUAGCCAGUCUCCAGAUCUCAACCCCAUAGAAAAUCUUUGGAGGGAGUUGAAAGUCCGUGUUGCCCAGCGACAGCCCCAAAACAUCACUGCUCUAGGGGAGAUAUGCAUGGAGGAAUGGGCCAAAAUACCAGCAACAGUGUGUGAAAACCUUGUGAAGACUUACAGAAAACGUUUGACCUGUGUCAUUGCCAACAAAGGGUAUAUAACAAAGUAUUGAGAAACUUUUGUUAUUGACCAAAUACUUAUUUUCCACCAUAAUUUGCAAAUAAAUUCAUUAAAAAUCCUACAAUGUGAUUUUCUAGAUUUUUUUUCUCAUUUUGUCUGUCAUAGUUGACAUGUACCUAUGAUGAAAAUUACAGGCCUCUCUCAUCUUUUUAAGUGGGAGAACUUGCACAAUUGGUGGCUGACUAAAUACUUUUUUCCCCCACUGUAUGUUAACAUUGCCAAAGCAAGUGAAGUAGAUAGUAAACAAAAGUGAAAUAAACAAUCAAUAUUAACAGGAAACAUUACACUCAGAAGUUCCAAAAGAAUAAAGACAUUAUAAUGUAAUAUUAUGUAUAUAUACAGUGUUGUAACAAUGUGCAAAUAGUUAAAGUACAAAUGGGAUAACAUAACAUAAAUCUCUCUCUCUCUCUCUCUUCAGUAUCUGUGAGCAGUGGUUGAGGAGACAUGCUCCAGAGCAGACCCACUACCCAGAGUUCAAUACUCCCAUCGGCCACAACAGGCAGUACCACAUGGUGCCCUUCCUACCUCUACACAGGAACAUAGAAUACUUCACCUCCAGCAAAGAAUUGGGGUACGAAUACUCCUACAUGCUCGACUCAGGUAAGUACUGUGUGUGAGGGUCAGUGUGUGUGUGUGCUGAAGGAUUGUAAAGGACUCCUCCUCUCCUCUACUCUCCUCUGUCUCCCCUCCCCCCUCCCCUCUCUUCCCCUCCCCCCUCCCCUCUCUUGCUCUCCUCUUCUCUUGCUCUCCUCUUCUCUUCUCUUCUCCUCUCCUCUCCCCUCCCCCUCCUCUCCGUUCAUCCUCUUCUCAUCACUCUCUCCUCCCCUCCAGAUCAGAGGAUAUCGGAGGUUCUCAGUCCUUACCUGGAGCUGAUGAUGGAGGCGUGGCCCUGGUUGCUAGGGGCGUUGGUCCUGGGGGCCCUGGUUGCCAUGAUUGUGGCUGUGAUAGCUGUGACUACGACCCGGGUGUGUUGGGGUGCGUGGCCAUGGCAACGCGGGGAGAAGAGUUCAGCAUUCCACCUACCAGAGAGGGAACCUCUCAUCAUCAGCAGUGAUAGUGAUACCCCAAACUACCACACUGUUUAG